GUUCAUUUUUUCUUCACAAUCACAGUUCUCCAAAAGAAUCAGACUCAAACAACAACUUCACAACAUUUUUCUGAGAUGGCUUUCCAAGAGGGUGUCAACAUGUUUGUUCUAUUCCUUCUUUCCUUAAUGUUGCUGCAUCAUCUUUCUCCCAUUUCUGUCAUAAGUGCACAGAGUGAUUCUGAAGCUCCGCCUCCACCGGAUACCGAAACUCAGAACGAAAUACAAAAUUCCGAUAUAAUAAUUGAAACGACUUCAUCUCCUCCAUCUCCAUCUCCACCACCAACUCAAAUUGGAAAGAGUGUUUCAAGCAAAUCUAAUAACCAACUGCAAAAGACACCAUCUCCUCCAUCUCCAUCCCCACCACCAACUCAAACUGAAAAAAGCGUUUUAAGCAACUCUAAUAUACAAGUGCAAAAGACUCCAUCUCCUACAUCUCCAUCUACACCGCCAACUCAAACUGAAAAGAGCGUUUCAAGCAAUUCUAAUGUUCAAUUGCAAAAGACUCCAUCUUCUUCAAAUCUCUUAAACAUGGUCACAAACAAUGAUAUAAAUCUUCACGAUGAGCUUUAAUUCAAGAGAAUAAUAC